AUGGGCAAGACCAAGGAAGUCAAGGUCAAGAAGAGCGCCGAGGCGGCUGCUCCCAAGACGGUUAAGGCAGCUGCUACCCCGUCCAAGAAGUCUGCCAAGGUUUCGAAGAAGUCCAAGAAGGAAGAGUCAUCUUCUGAGUCUGAGAGCGAGGAGGAGUCCGCGUCUGAGGCCUCUGCCGACAGCGAGGACUCUGACGACUCCGAGUCCGAGGCUGAGGAGAAGCCCAAGACCAAGACCAACGGUGCCAAGGCAAAGAAGGAAGAGUCUGACUCGGACUCGGACGACUCUGACGACUCGGCUGACGAGAAGGAGGAGAGCACCGACAAGUCGGACGCUAAGAAGGACUCUGACUCUGAGAAUGACUCUGAUGACUCUGACGAGUCCGACGCCGAGGAGAAGAAGACUGAGGAGGAGCCGUCCAAGAAGCGCAAGGCUGACGACGAGGAGCCGGCCGCUGCCAAGAAGGCCAAGACUGAGGAGGAGGGUGAGACCUCUUCCACGCUCUUUGUCGGCAACCUGAGCUGGAACGUGGACGACAGCGUCCUGUAUGACGAGUUCAAGGGCUUCGAUGGUCUGACUGGCGCCCGUGUCAUCACGGACCGCGAGACCCAGCGCUCGCGCGGCUUCGGCUACGUCGAGUUCGACUCGGUCGAGCACGCCCAGGCUGCCUUUGACAAGAUGACCGGCUACUUCCUGGACGGCCGCGAGCUGAAGAUUGACUUCUCCACCGGCCGUGCCAAGAGCAACGAUGCCAACCCGGCUGCGUCGCGCGCCAAGAAGUACGGCGAUGUCACCAGCCCGGAGAGCGACACCCUCUUCGUCGGCAACCUGUCGUUCGACGCCGAUGAGGAGACCGUCUCGGCCUUCUUCAGCGAGGUCGCUAACGUCAAGAGCCUGCGUCUGCCUACCGACAUGGAGUCUGGUCGUCCCAAGGGCUUUGGCUACGUCUCGUUCUACUCCCUGGAGGACUCCAAGAAGGCGUUUGACACUCUCAACGGCCAGUCCUGCGCAGGCCGCAACGUCCGCCUGGACUACUCUACCCCCAAGCCGAGAACCGAGUUCGGUGGUGACCGUGGCGGCCGUGGUGGCCGUGGCCGCGGUGGCGGCUUCGGUGGUGGCCGUGGUGGUGGUGGCGGCUUCGGUGGUCGUGGCCGGGGCGGUGGUGACCGUGGUGGCCGUGGCCGUGGCGGCUUCGGUGGUCGUGGUGGUGGCGGCUUCGCGGGCAAGAAGACCACCUUUUAA